AUGUCGGCUUGUGAGAGCCGACCGGUGUCCUGUGAUGAAAAACAAAAGAUUGUGUGCCUUCACCAAGAGGGAAAGUCAAAUUCUGUGAUAGCAACUACUGUAGGAAGGUCUAGAAGUGUUGUGCAAGGAAUUGUAGCUCGUUUUAAGUCAUCAGGGUUGAUAAAUACUAAACCCCAAACCGGUAGACCUCGUGAAACUUCAACAACACAGGAUCGUAUUAUAGUUAGAAUGUCACUGAGGGAUUGGUUUAAGAGUGCUGCUGAGAUAUCCCGCGAGUUUAGCUCCACUUCCGAUGUCAACGUAUCGCGCAAAACAGUUUCUCGGAGGUUACGAGGUUCUGGGUUGCUUGCUCGGGCACCAGCAAAGAAACCUCUGAUCUGCAAGAAGAAUCAAAGAGCCCGCCUUCGUUUCACUCACGAAUAUGUUGAUCAUGAGAUCAAACCCCUUUAA